AUGGUGCCCGCGGGCCGCUGCGACAACCGCGUGUUCACCUCCAGCGGCGCGCUCCAAUUCCUACCCUCGCCAUCGUUCAACCUCUUCAAGCUCACCGCCAGCUUCGCUGCCAACGGGCUCGAUGUCAACGUCCUCGUCGUGCUCUUCGGCACGCACACCGCCGGGUGCUCCCACUGCUCGCCCUUUGUCAGCGACGGCCGCGCGGAUCUGGUCCCGGCCUCCUCCCCUCCUUCCAGAUGCUGCGGCAGAUCCGGCCCCUCCCCUCCAGAUGCGGCGGCGGACACGGUGGCAGCGGUGGACGAUGUAAUCUGGGCUUCAAGAUACCACAAAGCUGAAGUGGUGCAUUGUGGCUGUUGA